CCACUGUGGAUGCCCCGGUGGACAGAAGCAUUUUUUUUCUCAGACGACAGCCACUGCCUUCACAUCAGUGUGUGUGUGUUCAAGUCCUGUGUUUGAUGAGAAGAGCGACUUGAUUUAACUUAAGACAUGUUGAAGGUACGUGUACCAAAAGUGAGGAACCCCCUGAUACGAGAAUGCAUGGCCGAGCUCUUGGGAACUUUCGUCUUGCUGCUCUUUGGCUGCUCCGCUGCCGCGCAGGUCAAGACCAGCAGAGAAACCAAAGGCCAGUUUCUGUCCACCAACUUGGCCUUUUCUGUGGGAGUGAUGUCAGCUAUGUACCUCACCAAAGGAAUCUCUGGUGCCCAUCUGAACCCAGCUGUGACUCUGAGCUUCUGUGUUCUGGGGAAGGUGAGGUGGGGGAAUUUGCUGCCUUACUGCAUCAUGCAGAUACUGGGGGCAUACCUGGCAUCAGCAGUGGUCUAUCUUGUCUACUACGAUGCCAUAAUGGAUUACAGUGGCGGAGAGUUGACUGUGUUUGGUCAAAAUGAGACAGCUUCUAUAUUUGCCACAUAUCCCACAGAAUACCUCACUUUGGGCAGAAGUUUCCUCGAUCAAGUAGUGGGUACGGGCAUGCUGAUGCUGUGCAUCCUGGGUUUGGACGAAAAGAGGAACACCCCUGCUCCCUCUGAGCUGGUUCCUGCUAUAGUCGCAGCUGUCGUCCUUGGGAUCUCAGUGUCCAUGUCAGCUAACUGCGGCGCCGCCAUAAAUCCUGCGCGCGACCUCGGGCCCCGUCUCUUCACAUUUACAGCUGGCUGGGGAAGUGAGGUUUUCACGUGUUACGAUUACUGGUUUUGGGUGCCAAUUGUGGCACCGCUUGUUGGAGGAGUGAUAGGUUCUUUCUUGUAUGUGGGCUUCAUCGAGUGGCAUCUACCGGACCCAGAGCCCACCGACAACCCCCAAGUGCUCUUCACCAUCAGUGACAAACUCAAACAGCAAGAGACCUCAUGGGAAAAAGAGGACAAGUUAAAGACUGCACAUUUAUAAACUUCUGUCUGAAAAGAAAAGAUGGCUGCCUGUCGUGAUGACCAGCACAUACAAACAAAAGCAGCAGUCUGGUUAUUUGGUGCAACUUUUGGAUAAAAGUUUUUAUCUAAUCUAGUUGUGAACACACAUUCAGGGAUGACCACCAGUUGUCUGUGGAUUCUGUGCACCGGCACCACAACAGAACCACAUGGUUGUUUAUGUUGCCAUUGGUGAUAUUUCGUUGGAGUUAUGUGUUCAAGUUUCCCUAAAAACGACUGUCUUGUAUGUGACUUGGGCCUGGUGAUGUGCUGGUUACCACUGGCACCUCACAGAGAGAGGGUUCCUGGUUUCUAACACCCAGUCCUGUGGUGUCUUGUAGACCGGUCCCAGGGCUGGGAUAGUCCACUAGCUGCUUCUGGGAAUAAGUAUCAAUAAUGGAUGGAUGGCUUAGUCCUAGUUUUAAAUGUAUUACUCCAAAUACCUUUGAUAAUGAAUGUGUUUUUGUUUUUAUUAUUUUCUCUGUUUUAUAUUCAUUUUUAAAUGGUCUUUUUAAAAUGCAACAAUACAGUUUAUUUAUCAAUUGUAAGCAUACAAUAAAAUGCUCAUAGAUAUUAAUUAAACACAUGAACUCAGCUAAAACCUACUGUUUACAUCCAAAUGUCCAUUCCAUAUACAGACAUGUACACUGGUUACAAUUGUGCAAACGUUUAUGUUACAUUUUGUCGUGGAUUCAAUUAUGUUUUUAACAUAUUGCAUCCAGCCAGGGGAUGAGUGAGAUAUUGGGGGGUGAUGUCACAGGAGAUACAGUCGACAACAGGGGGCAGUAUGAAAGAAGCCAAGGUGGGACGAACAGCGUGAUGUGUUUCACACAUUUACAGAAAGGAUACAUCAAAUAAAG